AUGAAGAUCAAUUCUGCCUUGAAGUGGAUGGAACUUGACGAAAGAUUUCCAUGCCAAUCCAGAGAUGAAUUUUAUAUCCCGACAUAUAAGUCGCUUGGAAUACUUAACGUUCCUAUUGGGAAAACAGAAACUUCUCCUGUGAAUUACCUUUGUGGUAAUUCUUUGGGGUUAAUGCCUAAACAAACACAAAUCAAUAUUAACCAAGAAUUAGAUGCAUGGGCUCAACGUGGUGUCGAGUCUCACUUCAGACACCCCAAAGAAAAUUGUACGCCUUGGGUUGAUAUUGAUUUACCCUUGAGUCCAUUAAUGGCCUCAAUUGUAGGGGCGAAGACCGAAGAAGUUGCUGUGCUGAACAGUCUGACUGUGAAUUUAAAUAAUAUGUUGGUUUCUUUUUACAGACCAACUUCUACGAGAUAUAAGAUUUUAUUUGAAGCUGGUGCCUUCCCUUCAGAUUGUUAUGCUUUCAUAAAUCAAUGCAAAAACCAUAAUAUAGAUCCUCAAGAUGGAUUAAUUACAUUGACUCCUCGCGUCGGGGAAUAUACGUUAAGAACAGAAGACAUCCUGGAUAUCAUUAAAAAGAACUAUGAGUCUCUUGCAAUAGUAUGUUUACCGGGAAUUCAAUACUAUACAGGACAAUUAUUUGACAUUGAAACCAUAACAAAAGCUGUUCACGAAUUCCCAGAUAUUGUUAUCGGUUGGGACCUUGCACAUGCAGUAGGUAAUAUAAAACUUAAUUUACAUCAAUGGAAUGUUGAUUUUGCCGUUUGGUGUUCCUAUAAAUACUUGAAUGCAGGACCCGGAGGUAUCGGUGGUAUAUUUGUUCAUGAAAAAUAUCAUAUCAAGGAAGAUAGUGAUCAUUAUCUAAGAAGACAAGCCGGUUGGUGGGGAAAUAACAAAGAAGAGAGGUUUCUAAUGAAGGAUACUUUUGAUCCGAUCCCUGGGGCACUUGGAUUCCGCCAAUCUAAUCCAAGUGUUCUUGAUGUAGUCGCCCUUAGGACAUCUCUUGAAAUUUUCGAAAAAUAUGGUGGUAUUACCAAAUUAAGAAAUAGAUCAUUGUUGUUAACAAAUUAUCUGAUAGAGUUACUUCAAGAGUCUCCAUUUUAUUAUGAGAAUGUAGAAUCAUGUAAAAAUUUAGGAUUUAUCAUAAUCACACCAUAUCAAAAUGACAAUGAACACGGUGCACAGUUAUCCUUAUUAUUCCUCUCUAAAAAUCAUGAAAGACCCAUGGAGACAGUCUUUAAAAUAAUCAAUCAACGAGGUGUGAUUGCUGACGAGCGCAAACCAGACGUAAUUAGAUUUGCCCCUGCGCCUCUAUACAACACAUUCAGAGAUGUCUACGAGAGUGUCCAAAUUCUUAAUGAGGCAAUGGAGCAGGUUUCUGGACACUAA